CGUUUCCCCAACCAAUGAGAAUAGUCGUUUCUUUUGGUCCAACAAGAAGUGUAAUAGUGGACAAAAUCUGAUGAAUUUCUGUGACAAUUUCGUUAUUUCUUCAAAGAACUAAAAUGUCGAAGGACGGAGGCGGUAUGUCUAAGGAUGUCGAUGAAGAUCGAAUGGCCAAGUUGUUUCAAGAAAUCGACAGAAACAAAGAUGGAACGAUUGAUAUAGACGAUUUGGUUGCCCGUCUCAAGGAAAAAAACGUGCCCGACGCCGAUAAACACGCAAAGAAACUCAUACGACACUGGGAAACGAAGUUAAUGAAGCAUGACUCGAACCACGAUGGCAAGAUUACGAUGGAGGAGUGGCGUCGCUACACUGAAGAACACGGCAAGAAGCUCAAAGGGUUCUUCACACAAAUUGAUCGCAACGAGGAUGGUGUCAUAGACACAGCUGAGAUACGACAGACAUUCAAGGAAGCUGGGAUCAACAUAUCGGAACAAGAGGCAGAAAAUCUGUUAAGAAGCAUGGACAAGGACGGUACGAGGCAGAUUGACAUACGUGAGUGGCAGGAGUACCACAUGAUGAGACCAAGCGAAAACUUUGACGAGAUUCUCCAUAACUGGAGACACUCCACGGGUAUAAUAAGGAGCAGUAUUAUCGACAUUGGCGACAACACCAUUGUCCCGGAUGACUUCACAGAGAAGGAGAUGCAGACGGGCAUGUGGUGGCGCCACCUGGUUGCCGGGGGAACGGCCGGCGCCGUAUCCAGGACCUGCACUGCACCCCUCGACAGACUCAAGAUUCUGUUUCAGGUUCAUGGUGGGAAGAUAGAAAAGAAGGACAAGUUGACGAUACGGGACGGCUUCAAUCACAUGCUCAAGGAGGGAGGAGUUAGGUCCCUUUGGCGCGGGAACGGUGUCAACGUCAUCAAGAUAGCGCCAGAGUCCGCGCUCAAGUUCAUGGCCUAUGAACAGAUCAAGCGGAUAUUCAAGGGAGAUAAGAAGGAGAUCACUGCCCUGGAGAGGUUUGCAGCAGGAUCCUCUGCUGGUGCUAUAUCUCAGUCCAUCAUCUACCCAAUGGAGGUAUUGAAGACGAGAUUAGCGUUGAGGAAGACUGGUCAGUACAAGGGGAUGUUAGACUGUGCCAUGAAACUGUACAAGGGAGAGGGGCUGAAAGUGUUCUAUAGGGGCUUCUGGCCAAAUAUCGUGGGGAUUAUACCAUAUGCUGGAGCUGAUCUGUGCAUUUAUGAGACCCUGAAGAACUUCUACUUGAGCGUGAACAAGGACAAGGACCCUGGUGUGAUGGUAUUGGUUAUGUGUGGGGCCACUAGCAGCACUUGUGGGCAGCUGCUCAGCUACCCGCUGGCACUUGUACGCACAAAACUGCAGGCCGAGGGUGGGGGCUCGACAACCACUAUGGGGAUGUUCAACAAGAUUCUCAAGGAGGAGGGCCCCAAGGGGUUCUAUCGAGGGCUGGGCCCAAACUUUCUCAAGGUCGCGCCAGCUGUCAGCAUAAGCUACGUCGCGUAUGAGAGUGUACGCAAACAUCUCGGUAUAAAAAUGUCCUAAAUACUGUAGCAAACUUGUGAUAUCCCUAGGAAACUAUUUUGUUGAAAUUAUCUCUUUUUUACUUUAUACAUAAAUAUUGUGCAUUUGAUUGUGUAUUUUGUUUGGGGGGGAAGGGAGGGGAGAGUGAUAUUUUGCCAUCAUAUUGGUAAUCAAGUCUCUGUAAUUAAGGGAUUUUGCAAGAAUUUCCUCAUGGUUUAGAAGGGAUUGGCAUCAAUACACCUUAUUGGCUUGGUGGAAACCCUAUGUCAUUGAUAAGGACAUAUGAAGUUCCGCAAUUAUACAAACUUAAGUGCUACUAUGACCAGCUUUUUGUCUGUCUUUGAUAUGCUAUAGGUACAAUUUUUAGUGGAGAUCUAGUACACAUAUAACCAAAUGAUAUGGGUAACAACAGAAAGCUACACAGAUAGAAAGUUGUUUCAUAUAUGUUUAUAUAUAAUAGUUAUAUACCCGGUAUAUAGAUAUUGUACUUGUUAAUCCCACUACAGUUUGACUUAUGUUAGAAAAUAAAAUCGUCUUUAUGUCAGACAAGCUCUUUUUUUCUUGUUUUUAUUCUUUUUUGUCAUUAUUUCACUGAGAUCACCUAUUUUCUAUUUUGUUAGUUUGUUCGAGAUUUAAGUUUGACUAUUGGUUAGAUAGUCUUAGCUUUACUUCUGAUUGUCUGUGUCACAGUCAGUGUAGUGAUCACUUUAAGGUUAAUGUGCACCACCUCCAUAUCACUACAUGUAUUCGAUUAAAACUUCGCACAUGUGUUUGGGGUCAUUUUGUAAGGUCACGGACCAAGUUCCAUAACUCUUUCGUGAUAUUUACUAAAAUUUUCCCAGUUUUUUACUUACAAAUUUCACUUAACAUUAACAGGCAUCAACGCCAUAUCUCUAUGUUUACAACCGAUAUUAACAUAAAGCUUCACAUCUUUGUUCAGGGUGUUCAUUAACAGUCACUGACCAAGACAUUUAACUUUUACCAGCAUUUUAGUAGGAUGAUGCCCCUUUUGUACUUUAAAAAGUAAGGGAAGAUUUGCAUGCAAGUUGAUAUUUACUUUAAAAUUUGCAUGCAACAAGUACAUAUCUCUGCAAUUACUUGAGAUGUUAUCUCGGAUGACUUACAGAAAAUGUACUUUAUACUAUCAAAGUGGAAGAACAGUUUAGAAUGCUGUCUGGGGAAGUUAUUGUUAGACUUUUUGUUUAAAAAAAACGUGUUCCAGACAUGUGUACAUUUAAUAUGAACAUGCUGUUAACUCCCUUUUUAAGUUUCAACAAGUCAAUUACUAAAUUUCCAAAAACUUUCUUUGGAAACUUCAAAUACUGGUUUGUUUAGCUAAUGGAAUGUUGUAAAUGCUCUAUGAGAAUCCAAGAACAUAUUAAUGGCUGUGAAAACAUGUUUUGGUUUAUCGGUAACCUGAAACACAAAUAUCAAGAUAACACUCAUGGCAUUUAGUUUGUUUGCUUGUUAAAUAGUGUUUACACUUGGUGCCUCAUUUUUUAAGCUCACCUGAUAGCUCAGGUGAGCUUUUGUGACCGGUCUUUGUCAGUCGUAUGUCCGUCCGUCCGUAAACAUUUGCUUGUAAACACUCUAGAGGCCACAUUUCUUUUUCCAUCUUCAUGAAACUUGGUCAGAAGCUUUGUCCCAAUGAAAUCUCAGCCUAGUUCGAAACUGGGUUGUGCCGGGUCAAAAACUAGGUCCCUAGGUCAAAAAAAAGACAAACCUUGUAAACACUGUAGAAGUCACAUUUCAUGCCCAAUUUUCAUGUAACUUUGUCAAAAUGUUUGUCUUAAUGAUAUCUUGGUUGAGUUCAAAAGUGGUUCCAAUCCGUUGAAAAACAUGGCCGCCAGUGGGCGGGGCAGUUCUCCUUAUUUGGCUAUAGAGAAACCUUGUAAACACUGUAGAAGUCACAAUUUUUGCCCAAUCAUCAUGAAAGUUGGUCAAAACAUUGGUUCAAUUGAUCGGUGAAAAAACAUGGCAGCCAGUGGGCGGGGUAUUUUUCUCGAUAUGUAUAUAGUGGCAGUUUUCCCUAUUUGGCUAUAGAGAAACCUUGUAAACACUCUAAAAGUCACAAUUUUUGGCCAAUCAUCAUGAAAGUUGGUCAAAACAUUGGUUUUAUUGAUAUCUCGGACGAGGUUGAAAAUGGUCGGGAUCGGUGAAAAAACAUUGCCGCCAGUGGGCGGGGCAUGUAUCUAUAUGUAUAUAUUGAAAACAUGUGAACACAGUAGAAGUCACAUUUUUGGCCCAAUUUUCAUGAAAUUUGCUCAGAACAUUUGUUUCCUUGAUACGAGAGUUGAGUUCAAAAAUGGUUCCGGUCAGUUGAAUAACAUGGCUGCUGGGAGGGGGGGGGCAGUUUUCUCAUUAUGCCCCCCCCCCCCUUUCGAAGAAGAGGGGGUAUAUUGUUUUGCUCAUGUCGGUCCGUCCACCAGAUGGUUUCCGGAUGAUAACUCAAGAGGGCUUAUGCCAAGGAUCAUGAAACUAUAUUAUGGUACAUUGAUCAUGACUCACAGAUGACCCCUAUUGAUUUUCAGGUCACUAUGUCAAGGUCACGGUGACCUGAAAUAGUAAAAUGGUUUCUGGAUGAUUACUCAAGAACGCUUAUGCCUAGGAUCAUGAAACUAAAUAGGUACAAUGAUCAUGACUCAUAGAUGACACCUAUUGAUUUUCAGGUCACUAGGUCAAAGGUCAAGGUCACAGUGACCUGAAAUAGUAAAAUGGUUUCUGGAUGAUAACUCAAGAACGCUUAUGCCUAGGCUCAUGAAACUUCAUAGGUAUAUUGAUCAUGACUCGCAGAUGACCCCUAUUGAUUAUCAGGUCAAUAGGUCAAAGGUCAAGGUCACAGUGCCAAAAAACGUAUUCACACAAUGGCUGUCAAGGUCACGGUGACUCAACUUAGAAAAAUGGUUUCCGGAUGAUAACUCAAGAAUGCUUAUGCCUAGGAUCAUGAAACUUCAUAGGUACAUUGAUCAUGACUCGCAGAUGAAAUAAUGAUGAAACUUGACCAGGAUGUUUGUCUUGACAAUAUCUAGGUCAAGUUUGACACUUGGUAAAGAUUGAAUGAACCGACUCCUCUCAGGUGAGCGAACUAGGGCCAUCUUGGCCCUCUUGUUUACGUUAUUAGGAACACAUGUAUUUACUGUUUUCAUACUUCUAGAUAUAUGUACGUUUAAUUAUAUGUGCUUCACUUAUUGCAUUUCUUUUUCAAUAUGUGAUUGUUUUUGUUUGAUCAUUCCUGAUGCUGUCAAAGAACUAUUAUGCAGAGCCUAAGUUUGUUAUCAUUUGAAUGCAUAACAUGAUUAUAUACUAGUAACUUCAAUGGUUAUAGAUGUAUUCAUUCUCAAUUUAUCCUUAAAUAUUUUGCUUUUAUAAUAAAAGAGAUAAGAGUAACUGGAAAACCCCCAAAUCUUAACAUGUUUGGGGAGGACGCAUCUCUGUAAACACCUUAUUACUUGUGUACCUUACGUGCUCUAUUGUAUUGCUUUGUGUAUAUACCAUACUUUCAUAGUCCUCUGAUAAUAGAGUAUAGAUUUAUUUUGGCUGGUUUUGGUAUCUUUAUUUUAUUAUAUCAAUUAUAUGCAUAUUAUUAUAUACUUAGUUAAAUAAAACAUUACGUUUCUCAUGUCCAUAGUAUCUAGGUGCUUAGCUCAUGCAUAUUAUUUUUUUAUAAUUUUUACUGUAGCCUAAGUUCUAUAAUGCAGUCACAGAGUUAUAUUUAUGUUUCGUCUUCUUGUUCUGGUUUGUAUCAAUAGACAGAGUAUUAAUUCUUUCAUUUAUUUAGUCCAUUACAAAUUGAAGAAUCUUAUAACUGAUUACCAAUGCAGCUAUGUAACUCUCAUAGGAAUGGGACAUCAAAUUAUGAGCGCCUACAAGUAUAACCAAUUAAUAUAUUUGUUUUAUGGAAAUAAAUCUUAAUUACAGGUUUCCAUUGGUAAAAAAGAAAUUCUAAUGUCAAAGCAGUAAUCUAAUUAAUGUUUUACCUCAAGAUCCGGAAUUUAUACACCAUUACAUUUUGAUUAAAAAUAAUUCUUGCCUUGUUCUACAUAAUUAUAUUCACAUAAAUUAUGCUAGGAUAAUUAAAAUUGCAGCAUUUGAUUUUUCAAUUGAUUUUUGGUUUCAUGGUAAAGUAUGUUUGCUGCACAUUGUAUGUUGAGUUGUAUGUUAAAUUAUAUUAAACACUUGUUUAUUAGUUAUGCUUAAACAUCAUGUAUGUUUAUCCCAUGUCCAUGGCUUCUUCAGAUUGAAUGUGGCACAAGCGUCCAUAUCUUAAGCAUAUUAUCCAUCAUAAACUACUUAAACCCUUUACCACUUAAAUAUGUAUUUUCACGCAUUUGUAGUCCCAUACUAAGUUAAAUUUAAUUAAAUAUCUUUAUCACUUAAUUCAAGUAUUAAAGGCUUCAUUUCCAAACCUUAGAUACUGAUGAGUAACAAACAGCAUAAAGCCUGAACAGAAUGGGAGUCACACGCAGGCUGUUCUGGUUUCAUGCUUUUUGCAUAAGCCAUUCUCAUCAGAAAAUAUUGCUAUACACAGAAAUAAUAUCUAAUAAUAUUGUUUGAUUAGCUUGGCUGUUUUCGGAGAAAACCUGAGGUAUUGUCAUAGCCAGCUUGUCAUCCACCGUGCUAAAACCUUAACAUUGGCUUUAAUAUCAACGUGCUUCCACCUACAACUUUGAAACUUCAUAUGUAGCUGCCCCUUGAUGAGUUCUACACGCCACACCCAUUUUGGGUCACUAGGUCAUUGUCUCUGUAAUAUUCUUCUGACAAGCUUUUAUUUAUUAAAAACUGCACCCACAGCAGAGCGUUGGCACCCGCUUUGUGGUGCUCUUGUUGCUUCACCUGGAAUAGGUGAGAAAUCUUAUUUAAAUUUAAUAGCAAUACAAGAGAAUAGAUUUCAUUUGAAUUACUUUUUGUACUACUCAAUGGUUGCAUACUACACUUGGCCACAAUAAGGUUGUAAAAGACCAAAUUACAAAUACUUAUUAAAAAUGAAACAAAUGGAUGCCUAAAAUAGAAGGUCUUAAAAAACAAACUAUUACAAACCAUAUAUAAGUUUGAUUUUUUAGUCACAUCGUAAACUUAAUUUACAAAUUAGGAAAUACUUUAUUGACUUGGAAAUUGGCAAUUUAGCAAGGCAAGUUCUGUGCAAAAUCAUUACAAAAAAUGUAAAAAAAAAAAAAAAUCAGUAAUUUCUGCAGUGAUAAAUAUUUUUUAGUUUGGUUUAGAUUUGUUCAUUGUCAUCUCCAACGGUAUUAAAUAAACUGAUGUUAUAAAUCAAAGUAAAACGUUAGAUUUGAUACUGAACAAUUUAUUUCACUUUUAGUUGGGUAAAUAUUUUUAAUUGAUUGAAGGAAACUCCGAAGAAUAAACAGAUAUGCGUAACCUUCAUUGUCAAAUAUCACUUUGGCCAUAAAAUGAUGUAAAUUAUGCUAGCAGUGGACUACAACAAGAAAGCUAUUUCUGAAUUAUAAAUAUGUCAUUUAAUUCAUUAAAAGGAACGCAAUACUAUUGGGCUAGAGACAAGUGAAUUAAAUUCUAUGUGGCCUGUUUUCUUUGUUAUAAUAUGAAUGACUGCUUAUAUUUCUUUGUACAUUUUUUCUCACGGUUAACAUGUAUAGCAAUAUUGAACUUUGAAGUAAAGAUCUUUUUUACUUUGAA